AAACAGAGCAUUGAGCAGAAACGAAGUGGGGCUUUGCAUCUCUCUCUCUCUGUCUCUCCCCAUUGUUGAAUUCUGAAAUGGAGGAAAAGCGAAAGGCCGGGAUUGCAUCUGGGUUCUCAUUAUUUCUGCUAUUUCUGCAGUCCCUGGUGAGAUAUAUCUUCGCCGAGUUGAAGAUUUGGAAGCCCAUAAACAGAGAUUUGUGCAUAAACAAAGUGGGUCUAUGCAGGGGAGAGUUGGAGGUGGUGAUGGAGAGGCUUGGAAUGUGUUGUGACCCAGAUGGUGGGGAGCUUCAGGAGAGCUUUGGUGCUGUUGAGGCUGCAGAGUUGUUUGAGGAGGAGGAGCCAACUUUGGAGGAGGUGAAGGAAGCUUUUGACGUGUUUGAUGAGAACAGAGAUGGGUUCAUAGAUGCUAGUGAGUUGCAGAGAGUUGCCAGUUGUUUGGGCGUGAAGGAAGGAUUGGGAGUCGAGGAAUGCAGGAGGAUGAUCAGUGCUUUUGAUCGGAAUGGAGAUGGGAUGAUCGACACCAAUGAGUUCUUGAAGUUUAUGGAGGAUUGCUUCUGCAAAUAAUUGUUAAUUACGUAGAUGUAAGGGCUUGCUAAGUAAUUAAUAAGUUUCAAAUUUU